CACUGAAGCAAUCAAGAGUUGAAGUACCUCUCAAGAAAUAGUCAAGUCCUUAAAGAUGGCAAAGCAAUUGAUUUUUGUGUUGUUCUUGGCAAUGGCUGUAGGUAUGACCAUGGCAAGACCAGAGUUCUGCUUGCUUCCAGCAGAGACUGGCCGCUGCAUGGGUUACUUCCCGAGGUACUAUUACGACGAAUCCAUCGGUACGUGUCGUCAGUUUAUCUUUGGUGGAUGCCAGGGGAAUGAAAACAAUUUUGAGACCAUGAAAGAGUGUGUUCGAAAAUGCGCGCUUCUUUAGACAACAGGUACGUAAUGCAUCAUGAUACAUACUAUA